AUGGCAGUGAUCGCUGCUACAUUUGUAGUCAACUGGAGCGUAACUCUAAUAAGUAAUGAUUUUCUUCGAAGUUUCCCAAUCCCUUCUCGGCAUGGACUUCCAGAUGGAUGCGACUACUUCUACAGUCAUGAUCACACGUACUGGGCAUAUGGUAGUGAGCCGUGCGCCCAGUUCCUACAGCAUUAUGUCAACGUUCAGUAUGGCAGCUGUGUAGCAGUAGCGGUCGCAGUGAUUGAUAGUAUUGUUAUCGUACAGUUGAGGUUGACAAACCAGAAGAGUAUUUCGCGCAUGAAUGGAGGGCAAAGAGAAGCCGCUACACGGAACAUGAGAGAGUUCAGGUUUUUCAUGCAAUCUAUUGCCUGCUCAGGCGCUUCUCCUGGUGCUUCUCGUUAUCUACUUUACGUUGGCUCCUCUUACUACGACCGAUUUCCAAUUCUUCUUAUGCACCACGCUAGCCUGGGCCUCCACUCACGCAAUUUCGGGGUAAGUGUUUUUAAGUCAAGGUUCCUGUCUGACCUCUCUGAAUUCAGAGGUGAUACAUUCCAGCGAAGAGCCUGUGAUCACAAAUCGUGA